AUGCGGAGGCGGAGGUUAAAUUCUUUGCGGAAGUUCCGCAGUAACGGAGGCAGAGGCGGAGUGGUAACGAUAUGGCAAUACUGGGCAAGGAGACGCCGCCUAACAGUUAAGACGUGUUUAUACGGACACGAGGAAGCUGUUACCUGUCUUGCGGCCAGUUCCGCAUACAAUCUGGUCGUGAGCGGCAGUAGGGACGGCCUGGUCAUAGUAUGGGAUGCGGAAGGUGGCACCUUUGUGAGGCAAUUGUUGCCGCCGCACUUUGCCAAUAUGACGCAGCCUUUACCACCCGUGUCUGCGCUUGCUAUUGAUGACCUGACUGGCGACAUAGCAACAUGUGCAGGCAGUUGGGUCCAAGCGUGGUCCAUCAAUGGCGAGCCCUUGGGCGGUGCAGCGGCAGGUGGAGGGGGUUCAGGCGGAGCUGACCGUGCCCCUCAGUUGCUAUGUGUAGCCUUUAGCCAAGCUCGCGAGUGGGACCCACUCAAUGUCAUACUGACGGGCUCCUCAGAUGGUGUUGUCAGGAUGUGGUCAAUCGAAUAUGUACCCAAAGGGGACGAUGAAAGUACACCGGAAGCCGGAAGUGUGGAAGCUUCGGGUUCCAUAGACAAUACCACUGAACGACCCAUCAAGAUCGAAAAAUUAAGAACUGAAAGUGAAAGAUCAGAGAGCGAGAUGAAGAGUGAAGAAAUUGAAACGAGUGAAAGGGACGCGGCUAUCAAACGGGUCGAGGCGUUGGUGAAACAGAUGAGUUUGUCACAGGAACAGGAAGGUAACCUUGUGAAAUCAGGUUCUGAGAGUUCUCUAUCAGACAUCGGUGAAACGACCAGCGCCAAGGAAUCGUCUCGUCGCCAUGACGACAAAGACACGUGUAGCGAUAACGAUAAGAACGACUCCUGUGAUGACGCCAAGUACGAAAUCGAUUCGGACGAUAAGGAUUACGAUAACGAGAAGGGACUGGAUCACACCCAUAGGAGUAAGCUGCAGAAACAGGAACACGUCGUUUUAAGACAUAAGGCAAAGGGGAACCCAAUCUUUAGAAAAAGUGGAGGCAGCAUAGGCGGGUCAACCGAGUCAGCUGCGGAGGGAGAGCUUCGCAACAGCAAAUCCGAUACCAGCCUCACGGACUCCUUUGUCGUGCUCGAGCAUAGGGACGUCACACACGACACUACACCGGCACCAGCAGCAGCAGCUCCCGCCGUAUCCGCCGAGAUGCGCUGGCGCAGACGUCUGGUGGUGCGAGGCAAGCUGACCAUGCACACGGCUUUCGAGCGCCAAGACAACACUUCCCCUGCUGCGGUCACUGCUCUCGCUGCGGCUCGGACUGGCCGGGGUGUGGCCGUUGGGGACGCACGCGGACGGAUAUUCCGUUGGUGCGCUCCGGACAUGUCCAGCGCGUCCGGGGCGAAGGGCGGGCCCGCAGACCACUGGAUCCGCGAUGACACGGCCCCGCAGUGCGCGCAAUGCUCCGUGCGAUUCACGGCGCUGGAGCGAAGGCACCACUGCCGUGCGUGCGGGGCUGUCUUCUGCGGACGCUGUUCCAAGUACGAGGCCCCCGUGCGUCGUCUGAGGGCGCUUCGCCCCGUCCGCGUCUGCCAGCGCUGCCAUCACCAAUUGCAGAACGACAAGGAUUAG